UCCAUGGUGGGCCACCUAUCACCAGGGGAGGGACGCGGGAUGUAGGAGUGUCACAAUGAGAUAACGAUCCUCACAUCAAGUAACCAAACCUCUUCUCUCCUUCUCUAUGUAGGCCACCCGCAGCUUCGCCUCUUCAUAACACAUGGAGGUCUAUUCAGUACUCAGGAGGCAACGUACCACGGGGUGCCAAUUCUGGGCAUGCCAGUCGCCAUUGAUCAACACUACAACAUGCGAAAGGUGCAGAAAGAAGGCUGGGGACACGUCUUGUAUUGGGAGGACCUCACCCAUGACAACUUGCGCGAUCACAUCUUGCAGCUCAUUAGUGACAAAAGAAUACUGGAGGAGGUACAGCAGCGGUCCAGGUUGAUGCGAGACCAGCCAAUGUCACCAAAAGACUGGGCCUCGUACUGGGUGGAAUAUGUCCUCAAACACCAAGGAGCAAGCCACCUUCGUUCUCCAGCUGGUCACAUGCCUUGGUACCAGCUGUACAAUGCGGACGUGUGGGCGGUGCUGGUUGUGACGACGACGGUGACUACAAUCCUGACGUCCUGGCUGUCCUUCAGGAUCCUUCGAGCUCUGCUUCGUUGCUGCUGCGCAUCAAGGAAGACGAAGAAGGAGUGAACCCACGCCUGCUUGGUGCCCUAUAAAGAAUUAUGCCAAACUAAAAAGUACAAGAAGAAAAUUGUUUUAUAUGACGAGAAAGAGAGAGAGAGAGAGAGAGAGAGAGAGAGAGAGAGAGAGAGAGAGAGAGAGAGAGAGAGAGAGAGAGAGAGAGAGAUGCUAGCAAGGGUUAGAUAAUUCUUUGUCGUAGAAAGAAAACAAAAAAAGACUCUCUGAACUUCCCACUAAUGCUGCUAGUGUGUCUUAAUGCUCAUUAUCUAUUAUCCUUUUGUAAAGAAAAAAUAUAUAAAAACUACUUUUAUGC